GCAACUGACUGCAGACUCGUUAUCACGCCCUCGCUCUCACGCACCGUGUCCUUCAUCUCGUUGUCCGUCUUACCAGCUGACGACGCUGAGGGAAUCUCGAAUAGCGCAACAGGCGGGACACUCAGUCUCUAGCCCGCGCAUGCAGUCAAAGCUUACAUACCCUUCCCCCCGCGUCACCUCACAUACCUGCCUCCGUUAGCUCCACAACUUGACUCUCAAUGGGACCCAAAAAGAGCGCCCGCAAGGGUGCCAACAAGGGCGGCGGCAAGGGUGCUAGCAAGCCCAACUUCCUCUAUGGCUUCGACAGAUACGCGUUCGACGAUCCCGAGACUGCUCCUUUGCGGACCAAUGUUCAGGGCAAGCUCAUGGCCUCCAAGCUUGUCAAGCCCACCAAAACGAAAAUGGAGAAACACUUGGCCAUAUUCUGCGGAAGGUUGACUAGAGCCGAGAACGCUGGUACCAGCAACACCGAGCUCGACCUCUGCGCCUUGUUCAUCAACUCUCUUCCCCUUGAGCUUCCCGAGUUCUCUGCAGCCUACGCUGCAUUUCGAGUAAGCGAUGCGCCUACGUGGAACGAGUGUCUGAGAAUCUACAAGUCGCUACUCGCCUCGCGACCCCCUCAUCCUCCAAAGAAAGCUGUCACUGGGGGUAAAGGAGGGAAGGGAAAGAAGAAUAAGGGGGGCUCGGGAAUCUGCCCUCGUUGUAAAACAAACCGACACCAGGGAACGGGCUGCCCAGAUUGGAAGAGAUCCGCAAGCCCCGAGACUGAAAAUGAGAGCGUGAUGGACGGGGAGAAUAAGGAUGAGAGGGAAGACGCGGGGGUACACGUGGCUGGGGUGGAGGGGAGGACUUUGGGUCUGGUGCAGAGUCUAAAGACUUUGUCGAGAACAGCGUUGAGAAUUGAAGGUAAAGAAAGAUAUGGAGGCGUCUCGCGAGGGCGACAGAGGAAGAGGGAGGGCAUUUUGGUGUUGACCAUGACGUGA